UUUUCAUAGUUGCAUUUACUGUAUAUAAUCAAUGAUAUAAUGCAGUUGUGUAUUCAGUAUUGUAUACUUGCAUAUAAUUUGUAGAAUGUAAAUAAUUCGCAUAAAUGUUUCGGUAGCUUUUAUCCUUAUUACAUUUAUUUAUGUACAUGAAAGCCUCUGAUUUUUAUUUAGUACUAUAUUGUGUAUAGUCAAAAUGAUAUGCAGUGGAAUCCAAUCGACGAAAAGAUCGAGGAGCAGAUUGAAGGGGACAUUUACCGGUUGACUAUCCAUGAAUAAACAAUUAAUGAAAUCGAAUUAAAUAAAAUUCGAUGCCUCUCGGCAGCAAACCUGAAUGUGUCAAGUGUGGGACUCGUGAGACCCCGCUUUGGCACUCAACCGAAGCCGGUAACCUUUGUAAUACUUGUCUUGAAGAUGAGAGAAAUUCAGAAGUAAAUUUAAAUCCAAAAAAUGAAGAGGAAGAUAAAGGAGGAUCGCUUAAACCUACUAGAAGAAGUACAAGAAUAACAAGAUAUUGCAAUUCAAAACCAAUUUCGCACAAAAUUGUGCCUAAAGGAAAAGGACGAAGGAAUUUAUUCAAAAAAACUCCAGUGAAAGCACCAACAGCUACAGCAACUCCAGUCACAAGUAGUUAUGUGUUUUAUAAAGGCACUUACUUUCAAGUGGGUGAUGUAGUUUCUAUGCAAGAUAUUGAUGGUGGAAUUUAUUAUGCACAAAUUCGUGGUUUACUCACAGAUCAGUACUGUGAAAAAAGUGCUGCAGUUACUUGGCUUCUUCCUACUACAGCAAGCCCACCGCCUGAUGAAGGGUUCAGUCCUGAGACAUAUAUUAUAGGUCCAGAGGAAGAUCUUCCACGUAAAUUGGAAUGCAUGGAAUUUGUAAUGCAUGCUCCAUCAGAUUAUUAUAAACUAAAAAAUACACCAUAUCCACCAUCGCUUACAGAAAGAGGCACUGGAUACAUAUGGACUACACUUAGAAAUGAAAUUUCUACAUUUAAAAAGUGAAAUCAGUCAGCUUGGAGCCAACGACGUAACGGCUGGUCAGAAUUUGAGAUCUUUUAUGGCCUGUGGCAGAUCAGGCAACUUCA